CUACAUUCUCUGACAGCUCUCUCCACCAUCCACACUACAUUCUCUGACAGCUCUCCUCCCUCCACCAUCCACACUACAUUCUCUGACAGCUCUCCUCCACCAUCCACACUACAUUCUCCCUCAGCUCUCCUCCCCCCACCAUCCAUACUACAUUCUCCCACAGCUCUCCUCCCCCCACCAUCCACACUACAUUCUCUGACACCUCUCUUCCACCAUCCACACUAUAUUCUCCCUCAGCUCUCCUCCCCCACACCAUCCAUACUACAUUCUCCCACAGCUCUCCUCCCCCCACCAUCCACACUACAUUCUCUGACAGCUCUCCUC